CGACGGGUCGGACCGAGCCGCGAGAAGACUCGGAUCUGGACUCAAACUUCGGUCGGUUCCGUUCGGGGCAGAGGCGGCACGCGGCGGGUCAUCUUCGGUCGAGCCGGUCCGGUUGUUGGAGGAGAACAUGCAUGGAGUGGUGCCCCCCUCCCCCCGCAGCCUGGCCGCCCCCGCCCUGCUCGUCCUCCUGCUCCUCCCCCAUGGCCUCUCCUCAGGUGNUCGCCCCCCACCGAGCCGGAGAACGGGGGCUACCGAUGCCGGCCCUCCCCCUGCCAGGGCCUCCCCCACAACACGGUGAUUGAAUACUUCUGCGACGAGGGCUUCGCUCUGAAGGGGGGCGAGAAGUUCCGGACCUGUCAGGACGGGGAGUGGGACCACAGCCUGCAGAUCAGCUGCCGGCCGGCGCCAGACAAGGAGCCCGGCUCCCCCCUGGGCGUCCCCACGCUGACUGUGGUGGCGUCCACCGCCAGCUGCGUGGCGCUGAUCCUGCUGCUGGUGGUUCUGUUCGUUCUGGUUCAGCCCAGACUCAAGUCCUUCCAUCACAGCAGCAGGAGGGGGCAGGGGGUGUCGGGCCAGCCCUGCUCCAUCAUGGUGGGGGGGGUCCAGGUCUCUCUGCCCUCCUAUGAGGAGGCCGUCCACGGAACCGGCGGCCCCUGCUCUGCACAGACUCCUGACCCCGUCUCGGGGGAGGUUCCUCGCCGAGCCGUAGGGGGCCAGGUUUGUGGCUCCACCCACCAGCACAGCGACCCAGAUGACAGCGUCCCUUCCACCUCCUUCUCCUACCUUGGUCAAACAGAGACGGUUCUCCUUCACCGGGCCCCUUCGGCCUCGCCUGGAAACCCCCCCCAGGGGGCGAGUGCUGGCCCCCUGCCCUCCCGCAGAGGCUCUGGAGACGGCGACCAGCAGAGUCUGCUGUCUGCCACGUCUGCAGAGGAGUUCUCUGACGAUGUUCCUCUGUUGAAAGACGCAUGAAGACGGCCUGCUUACACCCUCCACCCCCUCCACAAGUCUCAGUCCCCCCCCACCUCUGCAUUGUACUGCGGUGAGUUCAGGGACCAGGACCUGGGUGAGACAGAGCAUCCUUCUUACCGGUCCCUCCUGGGGGUCAUGCAGCUGUGAUGGACUUGAGUCAGAGGAGACGCUCAGCAGUCUGACGGUCUGUCAGGACUCUGUUCCUCCUGCUGAACCUCCUUCUCUAUGCAGACGCUCUGCUCCUGUUUCUGCGCUGAUGAUGGAGAACUGCUUCUCUGUAACUUAGAACUCUCCAGAGAGGCCAGUUCUUGUUUCUGUUCUAAUGCUUCAGACUCUUUUGUGGGGAGAAAAUAGUAAUUUAAAAUGUGUAUAAAGUCUAAUUUAAUUUGAAUGUCUGUACAUAACUUUCUAAUUAAAGCUUUCUUCUGAACCUGG